AUGCAGCUUCCCUCCCUCGCCUCGGCGCUGCUGUAUGCCAGUGCCUGUCUCCUGCCCAGCGUCGCAGGAGACAGCACCAAGCACGCAUCGCAGCACAAGAUCGCGCCCAAGGUCUUCAUUGUGUCAAUGUUCGAGCCCGAAGCCGCAGUCUGGUGGGGGAUCCCUGACUUCGACCUCCUCGCCCACAACAUCACCGUCCCCGGCGCGUCGCCCUUGUUCCCAGACGUACACUGCACCGCCGACCACCACAUCUGCCAGCUCGUCACCGGCGAGGGCGAGAUCAACGCCGCCACCACCGUCGCCUCGGUCGUCUUCUCCUCGCUCUUCGACCUCACCCACACCUACUUCCUCAUCGCCGGCAUUGCCGGCAUCAACCCGGAGGCCGGCACCCUCGCCGGCGUCGCCCUGUCCCGCUUCGCCGUCCAGGUCGCCCUGCAGUACGAGAUCGACCUGCGCGAGCUGCCCGCCAACUUCUCCACCUCGUACUUCCCCCAGGGCGCCACCGCCCCCUUCCAGUACCCCGGCGACAUCUACGGCACCGAGGUGUUCGAGGUGAACGCCGCGCUGCGCGGCCUCGCCGCCACCAUGGCCCGCAAGGCGGAGCUGGCGGAUUCGACCCUCGCAAAGGAGUAUCGUCAGAAGUAUGCCAGCGAGGCCCGGUACAGCGCGGCCACCGCGGCGCCUGCCGUGGUCGAGUGCGACGUCGCGACCAGCGACGUCUACUACAGCGGGAACCUGCUCAGCGGCGCGUUCGACAAGAUCGUCGACGUCUGGACCAACGGCACGGGCCGCUACUGCACCACCGCGCAGGAGGAUAAUGCCACGCUGGAGGCGCUGGUGCGCGCGACCAUGCACGGGAAGACGGAUUUCGCGCGCGUUAUCGUCAUGCGCACCGGGUCUGACUUUGAUCGCCCCCCGCCCGGCGUGCCGGCCCUGCAGCAUCUCGUGUACAAUGACCAGGGCGGGUAUACGCCUGCCGUGGAGAAUCUGUACCGCGCCGGGGUGGAGAUCGUCAAGGGGAUUCUGGACGGUUGGGAGGAGACGUUCGCGGCGGGCGUCAAGCCGAGCAACUACAUCGGGGAUAUCUUUGGCAGUCUGGGCGGGAAGCCGGACUACGGCACCGUGCAGAAGCGGUCCACGCGGGGGAGAUUCGCGAAGAGGCAUCUCGCGGCUAGCCUAAAACAAAUCCAACGGAACAUAAUCCGCCAUCGCCUGGUACCCCGCCACACUCGGGUGCAGAUAAUCCCCCGAGUCAUACUUCUUCGCCAGCUGCGCCGGGUUCUGCGGGUCGCGCACCACUUUGUCGAAAUCCAGCACCGCAUCAAACACCCCGCUGCUCCGGAUCCACGCAUUCACGCGCUGCCGCGUCUUUUCCCGCUCCGGAUGCGAGUACGGCUGGAUGCUCGCGUCCGCGGCCGGCGCACUGAACGGCGUGAUCGUCGCGCCGUACACCGGGAUGCCGGCGGCGUGGAUGCGCGUGACGAUCUGCUGGUACGCGACGAUGAGGCGGUCGCCGAUGUCCUGCUGCGCGGCGGGGGUGGGCGCCGCGACGCCGAUGUCGUUGACGCCCUCGUAGAGGAUGGCGUACUGCACGUCGGUCUGGGCCAGCACGUCGCGGUCGAUGCGGCUCAGCGUGUUCGGGCCGAGCCCGUCGGCGAGGAUGCGGUUGCCGCCGGCGGCCUGGUUGAGGAGCGCGAUGGAGGCGGUUGA